UCCAAGAUGGCAGCAUGUCAAGUCGUUUGUCUGUGACUAGUACAUUUUAACCUACUAAUAACAUAUUUAUUUAUGGUUGAGUAACUUCCUUGUUGUGUAGUGCAAACUACUUUGUUUUUGCUGGUGUAAAGAUCACGGGUCUCCCUCAACUCGGCACUUCAUUACUUGAAGUUUACCAAAGUAACCCUAUCUCUGGCUGGCCUGAGUUCCUUCUUCAUCCGCGGAGUGUCUCGUCCAAGCUGCUCCUUUUUGCUCUUCGCCUGGCUGUCAGUGGCAGCUCAACAAUCCCCAACCCGUUCUCUCAAUCUACUCACACGCGCAAAUACUCACAUUCAGACUCAUACAUACACGCUGUCCCUCUCUCCCCUUACCUUCGUUGGCCUCUAUUUUUUACAUUUGUCAGAGAAAAUGACAAUUUUUGUGGUAUUGCUUUGUGCACUGACUUUACUGAACUCCGGAGAAAACGAACAUUGUCGCUGGGACCGUAUUUUUAAACAGGUCAAAGGAUGUGCCAUGGGAGCUUGCUACAGCCCUUCCUAUGCUGGUUUGUACUUGGGUAAAUGGGAAAAUGACUUCAUUUUGGAUCCUUCUAAUAACCAUUUCUUUGACCGGAUUAUAUGGUGGGGACGCUAUAUUGAUGAUGUUUGCCUGUUUUGGUCCGGCUCAGAAGAUGAACUUAUUUCCUUCCACCAAUACCUUAACAGCAUUAACCCUAACAUCAAACUAACUAUGGAGUACAGCAAGGAUAACAUUCAUUUUUUGGACCUCGACAUUAGUAAAAAUGACAAAGGUUGUUUGCACACAUCAAUCUUUAGGAAGCCUACAGAUGGGAAUACCAUUCUGAGGGCAGACAGCUUUCACCCCAAAAGGCUAAAAGAGAAUAUUCCAUAUGGCCAAUACCAAAGAGUCCACAGAAUUUGUGAUCAGGAAACAGACUACAGUGUCAAAUCUGCUGAAUUGGAGAAUCGCUUCUUGAAUCGGGGCUACAGCGUUCAGGUCCUGAAAGAUGCCAGUAUAAGGGCUGGAUUACUUGACAGAGAGAACUUAUUGCGAAGGGGAGUGCCUCAUGAUACAUCAGAGAGAGUGUAUUUUGUUACAAAAUACAGCACUGAAGCAGAGAACAUUAAAAGAAUCAUUAAAAAUAAUUGGGGAAUCAUCCAAAGUGAUACGCUACUACGCCAAGUCUUUCCUGAACCACCAGUCAUAAGCUUUAAGAGAUGUCCUACCCUAAAUGACAAAUUAGUCCACAGUUAUCUUCCGGGUGACUCUCAAAAAACUUGGCUUGACCACAAACCCAAGGGCUCUUUUAAAUGUAACAAUUGCAACCAUUGCAGUAAUAUUCCACAGAAGAAGUAUUUUGUUGACACAGCUUCCAAAAUGGAGUAUGACGUCAAGCAUUUCAUUAACUGUAAAACCACUCAUGUCAUCUAUAGAUUGGAAUGUCCACAGUGCAAGGUGUUCUACAUUGGACGGACAAAGAGACGUCUUCAAGACCGCUUAGCGGAACACAAGUACGCCAUACGGGUAGGCAAUGAAGACUACCCCAUGGCAAGGCACUACAAGUCCCUACACCAUGGCAACCCUGCCUCCCUACAACCUAUGGGUAUUGAUCAUAUUCCGGCCUCUAUUAGAAAAGGGGACUGUCUUGAACAGUUAAACCAAAGGGAACGUUUUUGGAUUUACAAACUACAGGCCACUAAGUACCCUGGUUUAAAUGAAGAUAUGGAUUUCUCACCCUUCCUGUAGGGUCGUGAUGGGUCCAUUUGCUGUCAUCUAGUGGACAUUUUGCUCAAUUGCCCUCAGCUAUGUAUUGUUGUUCAUGUUUUGCUGUGUUCUAGUGUACUAUGGAAUAUAUUGCUUUCUUAUUCUUGACACUUCUCCCAGUCAUAUUUAAGGUUAGAACUACUUUUUAGUGUUCUGAUACUUCUAGCUUGGAGUUGUAUUUUUAUGAUAACAUAGCUACAGUAUUUCACUUUUUAAUGUGUAUAGUAUUGCAUACUAGGUGUGUCCAAUCAAUUUUGUAACCACUCCCUCUUCCAAUUAGGGCUAAUUGGAAAAGCUGUUUAAAAGAGGACAUUGUAUUCCUUUUUUUGUGUUUUUUUUGUACUCCCUGACUAAGGCCAUGCAGCUGAAAUGCAUCGGAUUUUUAAACUUUGUUUCUAUUGAACAUGCCAUACUAAUAAAGGCAUUUUAAUUAAUUAUAUAAA